AUGCUGGGGAUGCGGUUCGGCUGGGCGAGCGCAGUGCCGCUGCUGCUGGUAUGCGCUCAGCGGUGCAUGGCGUACUCGCUCAUCAACUGCUACGCGGAACUACCGUCGGGCUUCACGAAGGACAACACGAACGAGUACCAGUCCUCAGGGCUGUGCUCGGCAAGUUGCACAGCGAGGGGGGCCCAGUACUUUGCACUCUCCAACCACCAGGACUGCUACUGCGGCGGGGUCAGCCCUGUCGCUGCAGGGGUCGCUACGGCUAACACUUGCGAUGCGUACUGUUUCGGGUACAGGCAGGAAAUGUGUGGGGGGGAGACCUCCUUCUCUGUGUACACCAUGGGCGACGUGGCGGUGACGCCAAGUGCAAGUGCUGAUGCACUUGCACUUUCCACAUCGCCUACAAGCAGUGCACGUGCAUCAGCACUUGCACUUUCCACAUCGCCUACUUCUACAAGUACUGCAAGCAGUGCAAGCACACCCUCGACGACACAACAAACGACUCCUUCGUCGUCGUUUGUUGUGUCGGCGUCGGCGUCUACCCCACCCACCACGAUCGUUUACUCCACCGCACUCCACACAGAAGGCGGGUCUACAGUCAUAAUCACAAACACAGUCACAACAAGCACACUCGCAACCCCAACCGGAGACUCCAGCGACACCACUGACGCGCCACAACGCAAGUCCCACAAAGCGAACGUCGGGGCGAUCGUCGGCGGGGUCGUUGGCGGGGUAUGCGGUGCCAUCGCCGUCGGGGUCGCUGUACUCCUGGGUCUACGCCACUACAACAUGAAAAGAGAGGAGGAGAAAAUGGAGCUCGAGUACCAGGAGGCCAUCAAACCAGUAGAGUACACUCCAAUAGAUAUCCCCUCCAGUUCCUCACAUAGCCUGUCCUUCGAGCACACAGACCCAAAGAACGCACACCCUCCAGUGCCACCACCGGCUGCUGCCAGAGACGCAAACCCGUUCGACGACUCAAGAAGACUCAGCACAGGGUCCGUGUUCCCGGGCGACACCCCAGACGCAGCGCCCAACAAACUCACAAUAGUAAACCCAGACGAGGAUAGGUGA